AUCAGUACCGCGUUCGGAAUCGCAUUCGUGUGCUGGAGUCAGAGCGCGCUGCGGGGCAUCACUGCACCGCCACGGAGGACACACCACCACAGAACCAGGAACAGGGAAAAGGAAAAAAGGCGUGAAAUAGUGCAGAGGGGAAGAACAGGGCACUCUUUUUUUUUUGAAAUCACCGAAAUCUGUGGGAAAUUAAACAGGAGCCAGACAUUUGCCAAUAAUAAAUACACGAACGCAGCGGACAUCUCAAGCUAUAUUUUUGGCCAGCACGGCGGGGAAAAAUGAAGGACCGCACGCAGGAACUACGAAGUGCUAAGGACAGUGACGAUGAUGAGGAAGUCGUUCAUGUCGACCGAGACCACUUUAUGGAUGAAUUUUUUGAACAGGUGGAGGAGAUCCGUGGCUGUAUUGAAAAGCUGUCAGAGGAUGUAGAACAGGUCAAGAAGCAGCACAGUGCCAUCCUAGCUGCACCCAACCCUGAUGAAAAGACCAAGCAGGAGUUGGAGGACCUCACAGCUGACAUUAAGAAGACAGCCAAUAAAGUGCGCUCUAAAUUAAAAGCAAUCGAACAAAGUAUCGAGCAAGAGGAGGGGUUGAACAGAUCAUCUGCAGAUUUGCGGAUCCGCAAGACACAGCAUUCCACGCUGUCACGCAAGUUUGUGGAGGUGAUGACGGAGUACAACACCACGCAGUCCAAAUAUAGGGACCGCUGCAAGGACCGCAUUCAGAGACAACUGGAAAUUACUGGCAGAACAACUACCAAUGAGGAACUGGAAGAUAUGUUGGAGAGCGGGAAACUUGCUAUCUUCACUGACGAUAUCAAAAUGGACUCCCAGAUGACCAAGCAGGCACUAAAUGAGAUUGAGACCCGACACACUGAGAUCAUCAAGUUGGAGAACAGCAUCCGUGAGCUCCACGACAUGUUUGUGGACAUGGCCAUGCUGGUGGAGAGUCAGGGAGAGAUGAUUGACAGAAUUGAGUAUAACGUGGAACACUCUGUGGACUAUGUAGAGAGAGCAGUUUCUGACACCAAGAAGGCUGUCAAAUACCAGAGUCAGGCACGCAAGAAGAAGAUCAUGAUCAUCAUCUGCUGUGUAAUACUGGGAGUGGUUUUGGCGUCUACUAUUGGAGGAACCCUGGGCUUCUAAACGACAUGAAGAAAGACAAACACUUGGAAAGCUGAGUGUUUUAUCAACCUAAACACGAGAUAAGGAAACUGUCAUAAAACGGGGGUUGGGUAGGGUUAAAAAUUGAAUAUUCAAAAAUCAAACAAUCAAAAAAUAAAUAAAUAAAAGGAGAUGUUACGUACUAGCUGAUUUAAAUAUAUACAAAAGUGGGUUCAAAUACACAUAAUAUUUACAAACUGUACAUGUAAAUGUAUUGAACAUAAAAGCAGCACAUGGGUUACUACCUGUAAAGGAAUAAAACUCAACUUUUGUUUUUAUUUUAUUUUUUUAGCGUUGCUUUCAUUUUUGGGGGGGCCUCCAGGACAGUGCCAGCAACUGCUAAAUUGUUUUACGUUCCGGCAGAACAUGGUGUUUGGCAAACCAUACUAGCAUUACGAAUAAUAACCAACUGACUGCAUAGAUGUUAUAGACAGUAGUACUAGUCCGAUUUCAAUGGCCUAACGUUCAGAGUGGUUGCUUGCAUUCAGAUGAAAUCUCAUUUAUUACCUUGUUAGCUCAUUACCGAUGGAGUGCUGUAGAUUAAAAGCACCGUCAACCUCAUAGCUGAAUUUCUGUCUUAAUAGUUUUACUGUGGUAAGGGUUAUGGUUAACCCCAACCGUAAACAAACGAAGAAAAAAAGAAAAAGCACACAUCAUUGCGAAUUGUGAGAGGAAGUGAUAUCACCAAGUUUGUACAUAAAGAUUUCAUUUGCUGUACUGUAGAUGGUAGGCAGUGAAGGAACGGACAUUUCAUUUUAACACAUAUAGAAAGCUGGGAUCGAUAGGGUGGCAUUGCGCAAACUGUUGAACUAUGCAGUUUUGAUAGUGAUUUGCCCCUGCUUUUUUAAUUAAUUCAUGGCAACCUAUGGAAUGAUUCUAAAAGAGACAAAAUUUAUUUGUCUACGCCGAAGAUUUCUUAGUGGGAACAUUUUGAGAAAAGAAAAAUGUCAAUACUUGAAGCAACGCCUAGCCUAAAUAUUAUCUUUUGGAGGGUGGUUAGGUCUGCUGAAAUUAAUAUUCCUUAUUUUUCGGUUAAUAGUUAGUUUUGCAUUUUUUUAUUUGCCUUGUUUAAUGAAUUGCAAAUAUAUUUUAUGUUAUAAUAUAAAGGAUAGGCUUGAACAGGACCAUUUUGGUAUUGAAGGAUCGAUUAGGGAGUUUGACGUUUUUCACCUUGGUGCUAGUUAAUGAAGAGACACUAAUAAAAAUAACUACUAGGACAUGAUAGUUGGAUCCUUAUUAAAUUCUACAUAUCUGAAACAAUGAUACAAGCUCUUGAUGAGCUACCUGACUAAAUAUUUUCCUGUAGAUGCAUUCUUCAGUUCUGUUGAAGAAACUUGUAGGACACUUAUUAUGCAGCAAAUAAAUAUGAAGAAAUUUUCACAAACUUUAUAUGAAAAAACUCAAAUCCAGCUCUGAACGCCCAGAGAGACAGCAUCUUGUCAAGAUAACGCUAGCUUAGAAUAAGACGCUUUGAUUUUGUCCAAAGAUUUUUUUUUUUUUUUUGAAACACAAAUCAAACAGCUGUAUCAUUAAUUCGUUGCAUCCUUUUCUUUGAGGACAGAAAGUGCCAGCUUGGUUAAUUAUGUACUGCAUGUUUUAAAUUCAAGGGCUAAAAUUCAAAACCAAACUUUAGCUCUGUUUUUUGCUUUUGUUGAUACAGAAUCCCUCUUGGCUUGACUUAGAAUGCCCUUACCCUCAUGUUCAUGACGUUACAGAACAUGUACCAACUCUGAAAGUGCACUCCUUUUCUCAAUAUGGACUUCAUUUCCAUGUACUGCUUAUCAUAGAAUAUAUAACAGGAGCCCCCCCACCCCGUCCCGCCACCCCUUUACCUACCUAAAGCAAAGUAGUAGGGAACAGGAAAGAUUUUGGGGAUAUAUACUGUACACUUUUUUUUUUUUUGGAAAGCCUGAGGCAGAGGGCCGGGACUAUUUUGCUUUAAUCAUUCCAGUAAUGUCCAGCAUGUUUUCUUUGAAACUUCUGUGUAUUUAGUGUCGAAUCACUUACAUGUAUGGUAAAAUGAGGUAAAUAUGUAUGUCGGUGUUGUUUUUUAGUAGACGAUAUAGCUGGAAGGCCCUUAUUUGUUAACGCAUGCAACUUUCGCUUUGUUAGUUUGCAUGGCUCUCGAUCAUGUGUGCACUUUACAAUCACAGAAAACAAUGUCUUAUGCCGCCACAUUUUUUGGGUUGUACUGUUUUCCGUUUUGAUAAUAUGUUUAUUUGUUUUGUUUUUUUAUUUAUGAUUAUUUAUUAUGAAUCUCUAAGGGUUGGAUGGGGGGAUUGACUUCAUUUAAUAUUUCUCCUGCCUAUUUCAUCAUGACCCUGACAAUGCUGGAGUUUUACCGUGGUCCCCAUGAAUGUGUUCCCUGUGGAUGUGCACAUGAAUACAAAAUCUGUUUGUUGUCAGGUAUUUUGUUCCUAAACCACCUUCAUAGUGUAAAACGACGUAUUUCCCCCCCUCCUCGCCCUCUGGAAACACUCUGGGUACUAAUAAUUUUUGCGCAUCUUGUUCAUUUCCCCUUCCCCUGAUGUACUCCCAAACUUGAUUGUUGUGCUUAACUGGUGAUGAUAUGUGAAUUCUUUCGUAAGACUAUUCUUUAUUGUGAGUCGUGUGCUGCGGUGUCGAAUUGUGCAACUCAAAAGGCCAUGUAUGCGUGCCCUGUCCCUUCGGCAUAUUUUCCUUUUUUACGUACACGUUGCUGUAUAAGUGAGCAUGAGCAUUUGUGUGUGUGGAUGUGUGUGUGUGCUCGUUUGCUGUUGGAGCCCUCGGUCGCACCGCAACGCUAACCGGUGUCGGGCGCAAGGGGCUUCUCUGGUCUGCAGGUCUAUGGUAUGCAGCUCUAGCGCUCCAGUUUUGUGCCGACUUCAUUCAAAUGUUAAGAAAAGUAAUAAGACUAAAAAGCCAAAGCGUUAUGCGAGUACAGAGCACAAUGUUACAGUCAACUGUAUUGUGUAGUCCUUCCCGCCCGUAAAUCUUGUGAACUAUCUUGCGUAUACAUUUACUAUGUUUUCAAUUCCACAAGGUUCUCGUUAUAAAGGUUUAUUUAUUUAUUUAUAUUCAUUCUGAACAAUAUGUAUAAUGUAUACUACACAAGCCUGUUCGUUUUAAAGCACUUUCUCCAAAAACAGCUACGUACAAAACAAAUAUGUUGUGUGUACUGUAUGUUGUUUUUUCUUUCUCCCCUCAAUGAUGCUGUUUAUGUUGCCAUUUACCCCUUGUUCAGCUCACUUGCAUUGCUUCCUCUGUGCUGGCAAUACAUUAGACGUAGACAUUAGAUCAGCUCUGGUUAAAAGAAAAUGAAAUAAAAAAAAAACUGUAAACUAACAUGGGCACAGAUCUGGAUGAAAGUUUUCUCAGUUGUCUUAUUUUCAUUUUUCAACACUGUUUUUGGAUGUUCGUCACACAGACACUGAUAUGACCAGACAGCACUGGCAUAACACAGCACAUUGAGAAGGCAUUUUGUAAAUGAGUGAAAAUUACAAACUACUUAUAUAUAUAUAUAUAAAAAAAAACAAUGUACCUUUUAGAGUUUAACUGCAUAAUAGUCUUUUUGGUUGGGGUUGUUGAGUGCCUCAUCACUGCAGGUGAAGAAAAAACCCUUACGCCCAAUCUGUACGGCGAGCGAGCAGUGAUGCAACAAAGCUAGAACGCUCCCGCCUAGAAUGAUCAACGAAGCCGUCUCAGCUAUGUAGACUGCUUUGUGUAUUGUAAUCCUCGCUGCUUAGUUUCCACGUGUGCUUUAGCUGUCUUGGAGAUGCAUCGCACCUGACUGACAGCUCUCAAAGACUUUGACGUUAACGGAUAUGACUUCUUGGUCCACGGCUAAUGAGCACCCAAGACCUGCAAUCGUGAUUUUUCUCAACAGCCCCAGCCAUGAUCCUCCUUAAUUUCAUCCCCUUUUGUGUCAUUCCUUUGAUGUAUAUUCCCAUUAAACUUUAUACCAGUAUUCUUGUUUCAGUGUUAGAUUUAGAACGAGGAAACAGUUUGUGGAGAUGGUGCUCAAACUGUGAUUUCAGCAAAAUGAUCAUCAAUUACAGAGGAUGGCCUGUAAUGAUGUGAUGAAAACACUAUUCUAAUUAGAACGGGAAGAUGACUGGAUAAGGAUGACAUAAUUGAAUUAUACCAUUAUCAAAUGUGAUGAAUUAUAUAACUACGAUGAUUUAAAAAUCCCGAGAAGUUGUGUUAUAUUAGUAGUAAUAUUGAAUGCUCGCGAUUUUGUCAAUCUGAACUGAAUCUUUGUCUUGUAAUUAUUGUAAAUAUUUCAAAGAGAGAAAAAAUGAUUUGCAUGUCCAUGUAUAAAACUACUAAAAUAGUUCCUGUCAAAGUUGUGAGGUUGAUUGAUUUUCUUGUUCUUUGCCCUGGUCGCAGCGCUUUGCUACUGACCGCUCGCUUGUCUUAAAGCAGCGAUGUCAAGGGUGCUCUAUAACGAAGAAAAGUGGAACAACACUUUAACAUCAGAAUCAAUACAAUAUGUUGUGUUACCUCAGAGAGCCGUUAGCGGUUCAACUCUGGGGGAAAAAAGUGCUUCCCUCCAUGUACACCAUCGAUUGGUCUACAGGUCAAAUGCACACCAUCUGUAGCUUCCAUGCAACUCGACUGCUUUUCUUACAGAGGUCCACCACAUUGGCAAUGGCAAAUUUAGAACAAAUAGUGGCAUUUUUGUGCAUUUCGUGGUAUGUUUGGACGCUUUCACAAUCAGUGUCGGUUAAAAAACCUCACGUACAUAGACUGUAGCAUGGCUGAAGCUCAAAAGCUAAAUAAAGCUGGUCUUAUACGAAGAGCACAGUUCUUGGGAUUUAGAGGUUUUCUUUAAAAGUACAGUUGGAAACAAUAAUGCUCAAAGCAAACAGAAAAACACUCAUCUGUGCAAUACAAAGAAAAGGGCUUUCUCACACACACAUUUGAAAGCACUGAAGAACGCCGACUUCAAUAUUAUUGUGGGAGUUGAGGGAAACAACAGCCACUAACUGUGGUUCCAGCCGUCAUUUUAUGUGUCGCCAACCGUCUUCUCACCCCACUAGGAUCUAAGUUGAACGUGCAUUCAGGGCAGAAACCACAAUGAGAUGGGCACCAAGGAUGGGAAGGAAGAAAUUAAAUCGAUUUCUGCAACUUUGACUGGAAUUGCAACUUCUGUCUUUUAUUUUCUGUGUGUGUAUGUGUGUACUGUAUUGUAAAAAAAAGGAAAAAGAUACAAACAAACAACCUAACUGUCCCUCUCUCCCCCCUCUCUCUUGUAAUACUGUUUGCUGUUCUGUUUGGUUAGUGUGGCGUACCAGUAUCCCUCUCCUCCCCUAAACCCUUUGCUAUCUUCCUCCCUUCUCUCACAAUCUCUCUCUCUCUCCCUCUUUUCUCCAUGGAUCUUUAAGAUGAGAACUCUAUGCAGAUGCUGUCUUUUAUAAGUGUGUCAAAAUUUUAAGUUGAAAUGAAAAAUGAAAAAAGAAAAACCCCAACAAACAGAUAUUAUGAACUGAAACAAAAAAUAAAGAAAAACGAUUGUCCAGUGUACAA